AUGGCUUAUUUUCUUAAUUUUCUUUCUCUUUCUACUUUUUCUUUUUUCUCUUCAUUCUUUCUGUCUUUUUUCCCUUCUUUCUUUCCGUCUUUUUUUCUCUUCUUUCUUUCUGUCUUUUUUUCUCUUCUUUCUUUCUGUCUUUUUUCCCUUCUUUCUUUCUGUCUUUUUUUCUUCUUUCUUUUUUUUUUCUUUUUUCUUUCUUCUUUUUUUUCUUUCUGUUUUUUUCUCUUCUUUCUUUCUGUCUUUUUUUUUCUUUUUCUUUUUUUGUCUUUUUUCUUUCUUUUUUUUUCUUUUUUCUGUCUUUUUCUCUUCUUUCUUUCUUUCUUUUUUCUUUUUCUUCUUUUUUUUUCUUCUUUUUUCUUCUUUUUCUCUUUUUCUUUCUGUUUUUUCUCUUCUUUUUCUAUUUUUUUUUCUCUUCUUUCUUUCUAUCUUUUUUCUCUUCUUUUCUUUCUUUUUUUUUCUUCUUUCUUUCUAUCUUUUUUCUCUUCUUUUUUUCUGUCUUUUUUCUCUUCUUUUUUCUAUCUUUUUUCUCUUCUUUCUUUCUGUCUUUUUUCUCUUUUUUUUUCUUUCUUUUUCUUUCUUUUUUCUUCUUUUUUCUCUUCUUUUUUUCUAUCUUUUUCUCUUCUUUCUUUCUGUCUUUUUUCUCUUCUUUCUUUCUGUCUUUUUUUCUCUUCUUUCUUUCUGUCUUUUUUCUCUUCUUUCUUUCUGUCUUUUUUUCUUCUUUCUUUCUGUCUUUUUUUCUCUUCUUUCUUUCUGUCUUUUUUCUCUUCUUUUUUUCUUUUUUUUCUCUUCUUUCUUUCUGUCUUUUUUCUCUUCUUUCUUUCUAUUUUUUUUUCUCUUCUUUCUUUCUGUCUUUUUUUCUCUUCUUUCUUUCUGUCUUUUUUUCUCUUCUUUUUUUCUAUCUUUUUUGUCUUUCUUUCUUUCUUCUUUUUCUCUUCUUUCUUUCUAUCUUUUUUCUCUUCUUUUUCUUUUUUUCUUUUUCUUUUUUUCUUUCUGUCUUUUUUCUUUUCUUUCUUUUUUUUUCUUUCUUUCUUUCUUUCUGUCUUUUUUCUUUUUUUCUGGUUUUUUUCUUUCUUUCUUUUUUUCUCUUCUUUCUUUCUGUCUUUUUUCUCUUCUUUCUUUCUGUCUUUUUUCUCUUCUUUCUUUCUGUCUUUUUUCUCUUCUUUCUUUCUAUCUUUUUUCUCUUCUUUCUUUCUGUCUUUUUUCUCUUCUUUCUUUCUGUCUUUUUUCUCUUCUUUUUGUCUUUUUUUCUCUUUUUUCUUUCUGUCUUUUUUUUCUUCUUUCUUUCUGUCUUUUUUUCUUCUUUCUUUCUUUCUUUCUUUUUUCUUUCUUUUUUUCUGUUCUUUUUUCUUUUUGUUUUUUUUCUUUCUUUCUCUUUCUUUCUUUCUUUUUUUCUUUUUUUGUUCUUUUUUUUCUUUUUUUUCUUUCUUUCUUUCUUUUUUUCUUCUUUCUUUCUGUCUUUUUUCUCUUCUUUUUUUCUAUCUUUUUUUCUCUUCUUUCUUUCUGUCUUUUUUCUCUUCUUUCUUUCUGUCUUUUUUUCUCUUCUUUUUUCUAUCUUUUUUUCUCUUCUUUCUUUCUGUCUUUUUUCUCUUCUUUCUUUCUUUUUUCUUUUUUUUUUUCUCUUUUUUCUCUUUUUCUUUCUUUUUUUUUUUUUUUUUUUUUCUUUUUUUUCUCUUCUUUCUUUCUGUCUUUUUCUCUUCUUUCUUUCUGUCUUUUUUUUCUUUCUUUUUUUCUAUCUUUUUUUUCUUCUUUUUUUCUUUUUUUUCUUCUUUCUUUCUAUAUUUUUUCUUUCUUUUUUCUGUCUUUUUUCUCUUCUUUCUUUCUAUUUUUUCUCUUCUUUUUUCUUUUUUUCUCUUCUUUCUUUCUUUCUUUUUUCUCUUCUUUUCUUUUUGUUUUUUUCUCUUCUUUCUUUCUGUCUUUUUUCUUCUUUCAUUUUCUUUUUUUUUUCUUUCUUUCUUUUUCUCUUCUUUCUUCUUUUUUCUCUUCUUUCUUUCUCUCUUUUUUUUUCUUUCUUCUCUUUUCUUUCUGUCUUUUUUUUCUUCUUUCUUUUUUCUUUUUUUUCUCUUUUUCUUUCUUUCUUUUUUUCUCUUUUUUCUUUCUGUCUUUUUCUCUUCUUUUUUCUGUCUUUUUUCUCUUCUUUCUUUCUCUUUUUUCUCUUCUUUCUUUCUUCUUUUCUUUUUUUUUUCUGUCUUUUUUUUUUUCUCUUUUUUUUUUUCUUCUUUUUUCUCUUCUUUUUUUUCUGUCUUUUUCUUUUUCUUUCUUUCUUUUUUUUUCUCUUUUUUUUUUCUUCUUUUUUCUCUUCUUUCUUUUCUUUUUUCUCUUUUUCUUUCUUUUUUUUUCUCUUCUUUUUUUCUGUCUUUUUUUCUUUUUCUUUCUGUCUUUUUUUUUUUCUUUUUUCUUUUUUCUUUUUCUUUCUGUCUUUUUUCUUUCUUUCUUUCUGUCUUUUUCUCUUCUUUUCUUUGUUUUUUUUCUCUUCUUUCUUUCUGUCUUUUUUUCUCUUCUUUCUUUCUUCUUUUUUCUUCUUUCUUUCUUUUUUUUCUUUUUUCUUUUUUUUUCUUUUUUUUUUUCUUUUUUUUCUUUUUUUUUCUCUUCUUUCUUUCUCUUUUUUUCUCUUUUUUCUGUCUUUUUUCUUUCUUUCUUUUCUGUCUUUUUCUCUUCUUUCUUUCUGUCUUUUUCUCUUCUUUCUUUCUUUUUUUUCUUCUUUCUUUUUUCUUUUUUUUUCUUUUUCUUUCUGUCUUUUUCUCUUUUUUUCUUUCUUUUUUUUUUCUUUCUUUCUUUUUUUUCUCUUCUUUUUUUCUUUUUUUCUGUUCUUUUUUCUUCUUUUUCUCUUUUCUUUUUUUUUUUUUUCUUUUUUCUGUCUUUUUUUCUUCUUUCUUUCUGUCUUUUUUCUCUUCUUUUUUUCUGUCUUUUUUUCUUCUUUCUUUCUGUCUUUUUUUCUUUCUUUCUUUCUUUCUCUCUUUUUUUCUCUUUUUCUUUUCUUUUUUCUUUCUGUUUUUCUCUUCUUUCUUUCUGUCUUUUUUUCUUUCUUUCUCUCUUUUUUUUCUUUUUCUUCUUUUUUUUUCUUUCUUUCUUUCUUUUUUUUCUCUUCUUUCUUUCUGUCUUUUUUCUUCUUUUCUUUCUGUCUUUUUUUCUUCUUUCUUUCUGUCUUUUUUCUUUUUUUUUUUCUUUCCUUUUUCUUUUCUUUUUUCUUCGUUUUUUCUCUUUUUUUUUUUCUAUCUUUUUUUUUCUUCUUUCUUUCUGUCUUUUUUUCUUCUUUCUUUCUGUCUUUUUCUUUUUUUUUUCUGUCUUUUUUCUUUCUUUCUUUCUUUUUUUUUCUCUUUUUUCUUUCUUUUUUUCUUUCUUUUUUCUGUCUUUUUUUCUUCUUUCUUUCUGUCUUUUUUCUUCUUUCUUUCUUUCUUUUUUUUCUUUUUCUUUCUUUCUUUUUUCUCUUCUUUCUUUUAUUUUUUUUCUCUUCUUUCUUUCUUUUCUUUUUUCUUUUCUUUUUUUCUUUUUUUUCUUUUUCUUUUUUCUCUUUUUUUCUUGAAAUUUUUUUUUUCUUUCUUUCUGUCUUUUUUUCUCUUCUUUCUUUCUGUCUUUUUUCUCUUCUUUCUUUCUGUCUUUUUUCUCUUCUUUCUUUCUAUCUUUUUUUCUCUUCUUUCUUUCUGUCUUUUUUCUCUUCUUUUCUAUCUUUUUUUCUCUUCUUUCUUUCUGUCUUUUUUUCUCUUCUUUCUUUCUAUCUUUUUUCUCUUUUUUUCUUUCUUUUUUCUUUUUUUCUUUCUUUCUUUUUUUUUCUUUUUUCUUUUUCUUUUUUCUUUCUUUCUUUCUUUUUCUAUCUUUUUUUUCUUUCUUUCUUUCUUUCUUUUUUCUCUUCUUUCUUUCUUUCUUUUCUCUUUUUUCUUUCUUCUUUCUUUUCUUUUCUUUUUUUUCUUUCUUUCUUUCUUUCUUUUCUUUUUUCUCUUCUUUCUUUCUAUCUUUUUUUCUCUUCUUUCUUUCUGUCUUUUUUUCUCUUCUUUCUUUCUGUCUUUUUUUCUCUUCUUUCUUUCUGUCUUUUUUCUCUUCUUUCUUUCUGUCUUUUUUCUCUUCUUUCUUUCUGUCUUUUUUUCUUUUUUCUUUCUAUUUUUUUUUCUUUCUUUUUUUUUCUUCUUUUCUUUCUGUCUUUUUUCUUUUCUUUCUUUCUUUUUUUUCUUUUCUUUUUUUUCUUUUUUUUCUUUCUCUUCUUUUUUCUCUUUUUUUCUUUUCUUUUUUUUUUUUCUCUUCUUUUUUUUCUGUCUUUUUUUUCUCUUCUUUCUUUCUAUCUUUUUUCUCUUCUUUCUUUCUUCUUUUUUUCUCUUCUUUUUUCUGUCUUUUUCUCUUCUUUCUUUCUUUUUUUUCUUUUCUUUUUCUUUUUCUUUCUUUCUUUUCUGUCUUUUUUUCUUUUUUUUUUCUAUCUUUUUUUCUCUUCUUUUUUCUGUCUUUUUUCUUUUUUUUUUCUUUUUUCUUUUUUCUUUCUUCUUUUUUUCUUUUUUUUUCUUUUUUUCUCUUCUUUCUUUCUUUUUUUUCUCUUCUUUUUUUCUGUCUUUUUUUUUCUUUUUUUCUUUCUUUUCUUUUUCUUCUUUUUCUUUCUUUUCUUCUUUCUUUUUUCUUUUUUUUCUUUUUCUUUUCUUCUUUUUUUUUUCUUUCUUUUUCUUUCUUUUUUCUCUUUUUCUUUCUUUCUUUUUCUCUUCUUUCUUUCUGUUUUUUUUCUCUUUCUUUCUUUCUUUUUUUUCUCUUUUUCUUUCUGUCUUUUUUUUCUUCUUUUUCUUUUUUGUCUUUUUUUUCUUCUUUCUUUUUGUCUUUUUCUCUUCUUUCUUUCUUCUUUUUCUCUUCUUUUUUUUUGUCUUUUUUCUCUUUUCUUUCUUCUUUUUUCUUUCUUUCUUUCUGUCUUUUUCUCUUUCUUUCUUUUUUGUCUUUUUUCUCUUUUUCUUUCUUUUCUGUUUUUUCUUCUUUUUUUCUGUCUUUUUUCUUCUUUUUUCUGUCUUUUUUUUUCUUCUUUCUUUCUGUCUUUUUUUCUUCUUUUUUUUUUUCUGUCUUUUUUCUCUUUUUUCUUUCUUUCUGUCUUUUUUCUCUUCUUUCUUUCUGUCUUUUUUUUCUUUCUUUUCUGUCUUUUUUCUUCUUUCUUUCUUUCUUUUUUUUUUUCUUUCUUUCUGUCUUUUUUUCUUCUUUUUUUUCUUUUUCUUUUUUUUCUGUUUUUUUUCUCUUUCUUUUUUUUUUUCUUUCUUUCUUUCUUUUUUUCUUUUUUUUCUUCUUUUUUUUUCUUUCUUUUUUUCUUCUUUUUUUUUCUUUUUUUUUUCUUCUUUCUUUCUGUCUUUUUUUUUCUUUUCUUUCUGUCUUUUUUCUCUUUUCUUUCUCUCUUUUUUCUUUCUUUUUUCUGUCUUUUUUUUCUCUUCUUUCUUUCUCUUUUUUUCUUCUUUCUUUCUUUCUUUUCUUUUUUUUCUUUUUUUUCUCUUUUUCUUUCUGUCUUUUUUCUUCUUUCUUUCUAUCUUUUUCUCUUCUUUCUUUCUGUUUUUUCUCUUCUUUCUUUCUAUCUUUUUUCUUUCUUUCUUUCUGUUUUUUUCUCUUCUUUCUUUUUUUCUUUUUUUUCUCUUUUUUUCUUCUUUUUUUCUUUUUUUUUCUUUCUUUCUUUCUAUCUUUUUUCUCUUCUUUCUUUCUUUCUUUUUUUUCUCUUCUUUUCUUUCUGUCUUUUUUCUCUUUCUUUCUUUCUGUCUUUUUUCUCUUCUUUCUUUCUGUCUUUUUCUUUCUUUUUUCUGUCUUUUUCUUUCUUUUUUCUGUCUUUUUUUCUCUUCUUUCUUUCUUUUUUUUUCUUUCUUUCUUUCUUUUUUUUUCUUCUUUCUUUCUUUUUUUCUCUUCCUUCUUUUUUUUUUUUCUCUUUUUCGUUCUUCUUUUUCUCUUCUUUCUUUUUUCUUUUUUUCUUUUCUUUCUGUCUUUUUUCUCUUCUUUCUUUCUAUCUUUUUUCUCUUCUUUCUUUCUGUCUUUUUUUUCUUCUUUCUUUCUUCUUUUUCUCUUCUUUUUUCUGUCUUUUUUCUUUUUCUUUCUUUUUUUCUCUUCUUUCUUUCUAUCUUUUUUUCUCUUCUUUUUUCUGACUUUUUUCUAUUUUUUCUUUCUUUUUUCUUUCCAUUCUUUCUGUUUUUCACUGUUUUCUCUUUCUUUCGUUCUUUCUUUCUUGCUUUUAAUACAUUAUUUUCUUCUUUACUUUCUUUCCUAGUUUAUUUCAUACAUUCUUUCAUUUUUUUGCUCUUUCUUUCUUUCUCUCUGGCUUUUUUCUUUCUUUAA